AUGCAUCAUCGUGACUGCGUUGUGACAGACCGAGGCGGUGUCAUUGAGAACCGCCACCAGGUACACGCGGCUGUCGUCGACGCCAAGGGCAAACUUUUGUUCGCCGUCGGCAACCCGCACCGGGUCACUCUGGCUCGAUCGGCUGCAAAGCCAGCUCAGACUCUUGCCAUAUUGGAGACGGGCGCCUUUGACCCAACAGUCUCGGAGGGAGCGGACAUUGCGCUCAUGUGUGCGUCACACAGCGCCGAGGAUCGCCAUCUUCAACGGACCUACGACAUGCUGAAAAGAAUCGGCGCAGAGGAGGAGGAUCUUCGGUGCGGUGGCCACGCUGCGCUCUCGGACAAGGUGAACCGGAUGUGGAUCAAGAACGACUUUGUCCCCGGACCGGCAACCAACAACUGCUCGGGAAAGCAUUGCGGCAUGAUUGCUGGCUCAAAAGCUCUGGGUGCGUCUGUUGAAAACUACCACCUUCCUGAUCAUCCCAUGCAGAUGAGGGUGAAGCAGGUCGUUAGUGAUCUGACCGCCCCAAAUAUCGGCAAUGAUGAGGUACAAUGGGCACUUGAUGGUUGCAAUCUACCGGCACCAGCGUUCCCUCUUCGCUGCUUGGCCGGCAUGUAUGCCAGCUUUGCUGAUGCCGCUGACGGAAACCAUGAUAUAAAAACCGAGCGCCACGAUCACAUGGCUCGUGUCUUCAAUUCAAUGGUCGAAUUUCCCGAAUACGUCGGGGGCGAUGACCGAUACUGCACAGAGCUCAUGAGAGCAUACGCACCUUCGCUCAUAGGCAAACUGGGUGCCGACGGGUGUUAUGGCGUUGGGAUCCGUGCCUCGGCUGAUACAGAACGCCUGGGCGCAACUGGAGCCUUGGGGAUCGCAGUGAAGAUUGAGGACGGCAGCAUCGAGAUCCUCUAUGCCGCAGUCACUGAGAUCCUGGAGCAGCUGCAAAUCGGGACAUCGGAACAACGCAAGAAGCUGGACCACUUCCAUCACCUCGAGCGACGGAAUACCGUAAAUACCGUGACCGGGAAAGUUACAUUGGCCUUUUCGGUGAGACCAAACGACGAGGGAGCUCAGGCACUUUAG